AUGCCAGAUGGUACCAGGCGUCUGGUCAACAAACUUCUCCCGGAGGAUAACAAGGAAGUGUUUGACAGUGUGCAAAAUAAAAACUGUAUGGUUCCAGGAUCCUCAGGGAAUGUUGGAGUUGACCGCAAUUUUCUCAGGUACAAAAUCAGCUUGUUAAAUGAUAGCCCUACAUCGAGAGAUGAAUGGGUUGCGAUUCGGAUCACAUCAUGGAAGCAUGGUGUUGCGGAGUUGAUUCAACGAUGGCCUCGAUGUGGUGUCGAACACUUGUGGUUAUGGUCAUCAACAGAUCUUGACUUGCGGGAUUGUUCGAUGGAUGACGAGCUAGAUGAAAUGCUGCUAGGACAGCUCCUGACAGGCCUCUCUGGCCAAGAAGUCUCAUGA